AUGCACAACCGAUUCAUCCCCAAAAGAGGUCUCCAUACCUGCGAAAUCAUCGCUCUUUUCGUGAUGGUUGGGGCUCAAUUUUUUAUUGGGGGGUUUAUGUUGCGGGGUAUGGGGGUGGGUUGGGGUUUUGGUGUUGAUAGUGGUAUGGGUACUGGUAUGGGAAUUGAUACUGGUAUGGGAACUGGAAUUGCAGAUGUAUUACCUAUUGUUAAGGAACGAUUUAAUGGGAGUCUUUAUAAUAUGGUUAAGAUGAAUGAGGGGGAAGGGGGGUAUUUUGUAGGAGAGGGAGAGGGAGAGAGAGUUGGUGAUAGAGAUAGAUCCAAGGCGGAAAAGGGAAGAGUUAGAGAAGCGUUUAGGAUGAUGAUGGAUGAGGAGAUAUAUAUGACGGGGAAAAGAAAUAAGAUUACUGAGAUUUAUUUGGAUAAUAUUGGGGAAAUGAUCAGGAGUCGUAUUGCUGAUCAUCGGGAAUUUGUUAUAGAGAAGAAGGAUUUUUUGAGGAGCGUUUUGGGGGAUAUGGUUGACGCGGUUUAUGGGAUUGAAGGGAUUGUUGGGAUGGCUGCUACUAGUACGGGAAAUACUGGAGAAGAAGCUUCUCAGCAUCAUCCACAGAAUAAAUAUAUGGAACCUGGAGAAAAUAUCUGGUCAGGAACACUACAUCAAGAAGAAAAAGCAACUCGAUUCCACAAGAUCGCAAAACAGAAAAUGGAGAAAGGAGAUUUUGAGGGCGUUUUAAAAAUGAUUAGCGAGACUCUUUCGGGAUUUGAAUCUCUUUUCAUGAAGAAAUCAAGGGAAGAAGAUAGAAACUGGAGAGGUGAUGAGGAGACGGAGAAAGUUCGAGAGGAGGUAUAUAGGAUGGUGGAGGAGAAAAAGAGGAUGGUUUAUCGGGGUGUAAUGGUUUCUGGGGAGAUUUUAAGGGGGGUGCAGAGAGAGAUGGUGGAGAUGGAGGGAUGGGUUGAGGGAAUGAGGGAUUUUUUGGUGGGGGUUUGUGGAAUCGAUGUAAAGAUUAAGAUUAAGAUUAAGACGAAGAUUUGA